AUGGAGACCUGCUAUCUUCCUCUCGACGAGCAAAUUGCUUAUCUAAAGACAACGCUCAAGCAAAACAAAACACUAGUCACUGUACUAAACCGGGCUGCGUCGAUGAACCUUCCAGGCUGGUAUCUCGCUGCUGGAGCACUGACACAAACGGUCUGGAACGUGGUGACGGGCCAUGAUCCUGAAAGAGGCAUCCACGACUACGACUUAAUCUACUUCGACAGCUCGGAUCUGUCAUGGGAGGCCGAAGACGUGGUGAUCAAGGCCGGCGCGCAGCUCUUCGCCGACAUACCGGUCGAGGUCGAGAUUCGCAAUCAGGCCCGGGUGCACCUCUGGUACGAGAAGAAGUUCGGCGUGCCGUGCCCACAGCCCAAGUCCUCGGAGGCGGCAAUUGAUGUUUGGGGGACAAAUGCAGCAUUGCUGGCCGUUCGUCUUUUACCUGGCGAUCAGUGGAAGUUCUAUGCGCCUUGGGGCCUCUCGGAUAUCUUCAAGUUGACAGUCCGCCCCAAUCCGGUGAUUAUGACGCGGGCGGCAUACGAGAAGAAAGUGUCUCGGUGGCGCGGUCUGUGGCCAGAAUUGACUGUCGUCCCCUGGCCGGAAGCAACACCGGAAGUCGGUCAUGCUGAAGAGUGA